CUCACUUCAACACACUGGUUCGAAGUACUUUUAUCGCUGUAUGCAACCAAAUCAAGGACAUUUUUCUUGAACACUUGAAGCCGUCGUUGUUUUUGGUGCUCUUACGUGACGAUGGAGGCUCUGAAGUUUGGAGCUGUGCUGGUGGUGGUCGUGUUCGUGCAGGUUUUCGGCGCGCUGGGGACCUCGCUCUCUAGCGAAGAUGACGAGAUGUGGACAGCGGACAACUGGCAGGGCUUCCCGCUCGAGAAAGAUUUCACAAUGCACCUGGCAGACAUCAUCAAGAGGUCCAAGUCACAUCAAUUCCACGGCCUGAUGGGUAGAAGCUCGGGCAGGUCUCAGCCUGUCAGACUGGGCAGGAAAAGAAACAAAGGAGAGAUGUUUGUUGGACUUAUGGGCAAAAGGAAUAUAGGAGAAGAUAUGGAAGAGGAAUGGCAAUCUGACUCAUACUAAAGAGGAAAAAACUAAGCUAAAGAGAUCUUUAAUUAUUAAUUUAAUUUUUGAUUAUUGUGUCAUAUUCUGUCCUUUGUUGUGGAUUAACAGGACAGUGGUACAUGGUCUGCAAAGGACAGAAUUGCACUUUUGCUGCUUUAAGUCAUCACCCAUGCAUCAUUCUGUGAAAAAAAAUGCCAUUAACAUUACUGACAAUGUUUAGUUUUAGUCCAAACCUUAUGCACAUACAGUAUAUCUUUCAAGAGAGGUUGCUUUAUUUGGUUAUUUUCAUGAAUGCUGAAAACACAAGUUUAGUGUAUAUUCAUAUUGUUUUAGCUCUGUUAUAGUAAAAUAAGAUGCUUAGAUUGUGUGCUGUUUUUGGCACCCCCUCUGGCCAAAGUGGUACAUCUGAAUUCUUUCUUAUCUGCCCUACACAUGUGUUGAAGUCACUGAAUUCAUUCUACUUUCUUUUAUGAGUUGCAUGUAUCACUUCUCAAAAUUCCUUGUGGUGGAAAAUGUGAAAGAGGCUGUCUGCAGCCAAUUGUCAAUCACUUCCUCUGACAACUCCCCAGUGAUUUAAGGCAUUGAAAUCUCCUCAAUGAAGUAAUCAAUCUGGGCACUGAUGUCUUCUUUGCUUUUGUGGCUCAUUAAAAGGCACCUUUGUUAUUUCAGUGUGUUUCCUAACCAGUUUAAACUCCUCACUGGAUAGAAUGGAAUUGUCAUCUGGAUGUAUAAGCAUGACAAAAUAUUUACAUUACUGCUUAUCAAGGUAUAUUUUUGCACUGUAUGGAGAACUCUUGCUGUAAUAGCGCCAUGGUGAUGCUGUAAUUGAAUGUUGCAACUGAAGUAAUAAAAACAUAUUUUGUUCA